AUGCGGACCGUGUUCAAAAAUGCCCGGGUCUUCACGGGCUCGAAACUGAUCGCGGAGGACCAAACCAAUUCAUGCCUGAUCAUCAAUGACGAUUUGAUUGAUCAUGUUGGGUUCGAUUCGGAUGCUGCCGUCGAGGCUGCUGUAAAAGAUGGAGCCAAAGUCGUUGACGUCGACCGGCACACGCUGGCACCAAGCUUCAUUGAUGGGCAUAUGCAUCUCUUGAUGUUCGGGACGUCGUUACAAAAGAUAAGCCUCGAACAUUGCCGGAGUCUUGAGGAUAUACAAUCUACCAUCAGAGAGGCGGCCAGGAAAAAUCCAUCGAAGUCACGGAUUUUGUGCCGUGGAUGGAUGCAUUACAUGACCGGUGGUCAGGCAUUGGCCAGGACGUUGGAUGAUCUUGACGAGCUGGGCCGACCGAUUUUCAUUGAUGCCAAAGACUUGCAUUCCACCUGGUGUAAUUCGGCAGCUUUGAACGAGAUGGGUGUUGAGGACAUGCCGAAUCCCCCCGGCGGAGAGAUUCAGCGGGAUGACCAGGGUCAUGCCACGGGUUUGCUGAGUGAAGCUGCCGCGGUGACCAUUGUCUGGCCGCAUUUGUCGAAAGUGGCUUCGAUGGAAGAGAAGACGACUGCGAUGCGCGAGGCGAUCAAAACCUAUAAUGCCUCAGGAUAUACCGGGAUGGUGGAAAUGGCCAUGGAUGAAAACGCUUGGGAAGCCUUGUUGGAGCUGAAAUCGAAAGAGGAAUUGUCUAUUCGGUUGGCAGCACAUUGGUUGAUAUAUCCCUCCAAAUCAGAUGAAGAAAACCUUCGCCAGGUCGACCGUGCCAUCGAAUUGGGGAAACAAUACAACCAGGAGAACUCGCCUCAUUUUUGGAUUGCCGGCAUCAAGGUUAUUGGCGACGGAGUGAUUGAUGCAUGUACGGCGGCCUUGCUGGAGCCAUAUUCAUCGAAUGGGGUCUCUUGCGAUCCGUUAUGGGAUGCUGCCGUGUUGAAGAAAGUCGUUGAACGAGCAGACUCGGCGGGGUUGCAAUGUGCUCUCCACGCGAUCGGUGAUGCAACGAUCAAAAUGGCCAUCGACACCCUUGAAGCUGUCGCUUCCCGGGGGCGCCGACAUCGUAUCGAACACCUGGAGUUGACGUCGCCCGGAGACGCCAAACGCCUCCAAGAGUCGGGCAUUACGGCUUCGAUCCAGCCCGUGCAUGCCGAUCCUGCGAUCCUGCGGGAAUGGAGUUCGUUGUUAGGACAUGAACGGAGAGGUCGUGCAUUUGCUUAUCGAGAAUUCUUGGAUGAAGGCGUACAUCUGGCAUUGGGUACCGACGCUCCCACGGCGCCCAACUUACCUUUACCAAAUAUGUACGUGGCGACGACGCGAAAGUCGGCGAGAGAACCUGAAUCAGAGGAGAUUGUCAAUGCACACUUCGCGUUGCCAUUGUUGAACGCAUUCUCGGCAGCAACCUUGGGUGCCGCAUAUUCUUGCUUCAUGGAUAAGAUCACUGGGAGGUUAGAAGCAGGAAUGAAGGCCGAUUUGGUGGUUUUGGACAUGCAAUGGUCACCGGACACGCUGCUUCAAGCCCGCGUGCUGGAAACGUGGUUCGGAGGCAGGAAGGUAUAUGAUGCCACCGAGAAAGAAGCAUUCUGCGAGGGUAUUGAAAUGAAUUCGAUGUACGAUACGGAAUAG